AUGCCUGGCAUUUGUUCCUCUAAAGAUUUGCCUGUAUGCCUCAUGGGCACCGCAGGCGAGCCUCGCUGCUCUGAGCUCUUGCAGCUUUCGCCACACCAGGGCACGGCCGGGCAGGGCGUACUGAUUCACGGCCGACUCCUGGGCUUUCUCCGCGUCUACGCGCACGUGCUGCGGCAGGGCUCCGCCACGAGCUUCGGACGGUGGGACUAUCGAGACCACAAGAGCUCUACAGCGCAUCUCUUGAUUUCCGCCUCUCAGCGCCUGGCACGGCAAGAGGCUCAGGCGCAACGCGCGGCACGGCUGGAGCGGCGAGGGCGCUCCUCGGAGCGUGAGCAGCUGGAACAGCUGAGGCACCUGAUGCAGCAGCACUAUCACGCUUUGGUGAAGUCCUGGAAUCAGCAUUUAAGCACUGCUGCGCUACCGCACUUGUCUCGUUGGGAGCUGCAACGCCUCCGCAACCUGAGCCGAGCGACUCGGACCAAGAGGAGCAGGGCUAGCCCCAUUUUGGAUGGAGCUGGGGAAUUGCAGAACUCCAUCAUGAAGCUGGAGCACUUCUGCGUGCGCGAUCGCAGCACAGCCACCGACUUCCACUCGCCUUACAUCCCUGCCUCCAUCCUGACGGGUCGGAGACUGGAGCUGAUCUUCGUCGAGGAGCAGGAGGAGAGUGAGUCCCGUCAGCGGCUGCGGGACUUUUGGGAUGUGUCGCACAGGUUCAUAGCUCGUGGCGUUCGGCUAUCGGAGUUCCUCGAGAUCCUUGAGAAUGCCGAGGAGCACUGGCCUGGCCUCACGCGCUUCGUGCACGAUGGACACUCACAGAGUCAGCGGUGUCCGGACUGUGCGAACAUUGGUCACUUCCUGGUGGAUGAUAUGCUGAUUGAUCUCGUGGCCUUCCUGCAGACUCGUAAUUUGCCCGUGGAACGCACCGUGGCCAACUUGCAGAGUAACCUCGGCGCCUACGACGUGAAGCGCUUUGAGGAGGACUUCAUCCGCAGCAUCUUUGAGUCGCCCACCACCUUCAUGGCUGUGGAUGAGACCCACUGCUUUGAGGCCGCCAUCGUGAGCGCCCACCCCUUUCAGCGCCAGGAGAGCUACGAGGCUUUGCUGGUGCAAGGGGCGGCCGGGGCACGUUAUUCGCCCGAAGGCACCUUCAGACAGGUGCGGGCUCACUGGCACCUGGCUGCACAAGUGGGUGAGCGCUGGUCGACACGCGAGCGCUGGUCUCCGAUCCUGCUGGAUGCCAGGCCCAAAGCCUCCAGGCGAACCUGGGCCAAUGCCAAGGAGCUGGGCGCGCUGCUGGGCGCGGAGGUCUUCGAUUUCACCGGGCUGCGCUGGACCGAGCGCGUGCACGCCUUGGCGGCCGCGCAGGUCUACAUCGGUGGCUAUGGUGGACAGGUCUUUCAACUCCUGGCGAUGCAGGAGAACUCUUUAGCGAUCGUCCUGGCCUGCAAGGUCUUGAAAGUCCAUUGGCAUGCGACCUUUUUCUUCCGACUCUUAAAGCUCUCCGGUUUGCAGCUGCACUGGAUGGAACCCGAGGGCUGCUUGCCACUCCCGUCGCACCUGCAGCUGAACGCCUCCGCGCGCAGCCGCUUUGCCGCGCUCAGGCUGCCGCGGGAGGCGCAUCCCGUGCAACGCUUGGGCGUGGCUUCGCAGACGGUGGUCCAACACCAGGGCGUGCUGUGCGCGUUCCGAGCGCCGGUCAAAACGCCGCUUUCAGAAGCUGAUUGGAUGGCAGAGGUGGCUGUGAGCCCUUUAGCUUUGGAAGUGCUUUCCUCAGGCUUUGAGCAAGCCCUCCGCCGCUGUGUGGAAUGGUAUAACGACUGCGAAGUGCUGGUGCCUGCCGGGCCCACCGUCCACACGUGGGCUUUGUUCACGACGGUCCGACACUCAGAUUACCUCAAGGUGCCCCGUGAUGAACUGGCAUUGAAGAUUGGUUGUGUCUUGAAGAAGGACGAGGAGGGUGGAACUCCAAGAUACGAGCUCGAGGACACGUCCACGGAGAAGGUCUAUGACCACCUGAUGAUCAACGUGAGCACCUCUCCCAGCACCAUGGAAGAGAUCCGUCAGCUCGUCCUGGAGCAUCAGAAGUCUCCGGCACGGAAGCCUCCGCCAACCAUGGCCAUGGAUCGCUUAGCCGUGGAGCAACGUUUGGCGAGCAGCUUCGCACCCGGGUCCACACAGCCCCGGGUGCUGGUGCCUCCGCCCUACCUCAGCUUUCAUGACUAUGGACGAGCCGAGGAGGACGGGGCCUCCGAGCCGUGA